AUGGAGAGGGUGGCGGCGCUGGUGGCCGCCCUCUGGCUGCUCGGAGCGGCGGCCGAGCUCACGCUGCCGCCGUCAGCGUUCAUAGUGCACUCUGCCAGCUGGGGCUUCACGGAGGGCGACGUGCCGCCGGAGGAGGUGCUCAAGAGCUUCGGCGGAAACACGGAGUGCUGGUGUAAGCAGUCCUGUCUAUCGCAGCCGGCCUGUCUCAGCUGGUUUUACGAGGCUGAUGUUAGCUCCUGCACCCACCUUAGUGUUCGGGGGAACACCGGUGGCCUACGACCGGCCACGGCCAGUCCAGUCUUCUACAGACAUGCUCUCGCGUUCCUGGGCGACUGGUGUGCCGAUGACCGCGAGUGCAGCUUUCUGACGUCGGGUGUGGCCACGUGCCAGUCAAACACCUGCUUCUGUCCGGUGGGACUGGCACCGAUCAACAAAACAACGUGUGGAGAAAUACUGCCGAACGAAGCCACCUCGACCAAUGUCCCGUCAACUGAAGCCUCCUCAAUCAUUACCACUGCGGCAACGAUGGCCGGCGUAGACGCACCAGCAACCUCUAAUGCACCUCCUUCAGCCGCGUCAUCCACUGCGUCAACAACACCGCCAACAACAGCGUCCACAACCACUCCGGCAGCACCGACCGAGCCAUGCGUUCAUGGCCAAUUCUACCCGGAUGAGACUGACUGCCGCAGCUUCUUCACUUGCUCCAACGGAGUGCUGGUUCCUCAGAGCUGCGGCACUGGAACAGCAUGGGAUCAGAGCAUCCUGACGUGUAACCUGCUGUCAGCAGUGGUCGGGUGUGUAUAGGUAGUGAAGCCAGUGACGCCGCCAAUUUUAGCGGUAGGACUACCAUCGCGUCAGUCAUUCAUUAACCCUCGCCCGCACAUGGGAGGGGGGUGGGUGGUUGCCACCCUCCCCCCCCAGGUAGUUGUUCUGUUCUGCACCAAACAUUUUCAGAGAUAGAAGCCUGUUUUUUUUGUAUAGCUGCUCCUCUAUCCUUUCUGAGCGUCCACUGAAAAUUUCAAGUUUCUGUGAUCAAUGAUUGACCUAAUGAGGCAGAAUUGGGUACCAUUGGAUUCGUCUCUUCCCAAAGAAUUUGUAGGUCUUGCGGCAAAGCUCUAUCUCUAGCAGGAACGAAAUUGCGCGAGGGGGGUGGCAACACCCCCCCCCCCAUGUGUGUUUUAGGAUGAGAAAAUGGCAUGUGCAGGCGAGGGUUAAUAUUGCUAUAGACAAAGGAAACCUUCAGUUCAUGGGUUCCGCGGUUACCCGGCUAGUCAUAAAAUGAGGCGCCUUAUCAACGGCGUGAAGCUGUGAAUGCUCUACACGGCCCGCGGCAUUCUCACAAUAUGCAACUACUUUCACGGAAUUCUUUUCAUUCUCAACCACCCCGUUUACAUGUGUCGUUCAGCCUGAACGUGGAUAUCCAAUCAGCCAGAGCACGGAUAAAUACGGGGCCAACAGCCCCGUCUAUAUGAGCGCUAUCGAAAAGAAAACACGCCACGGAUGAAUUCCGUUACGCGGGGACAUACGUAUACCUCCGCAGCGCGCGCCGAGCGCGCGAGCGCGGGGCGUCAGUCUCUCCGCGUCGCGGCCCCGGAGGGACCGCCUCGGGCAAGGCCUCGCGCGGCGUCGACCGGCGUCGCCCGUCCGGCCAAUCACGUUCCAGCCAGCCACGGUUAUCAAAAGCUAUUGGUCGGCCGACGUAGAUUCUUUGUCGCCCGGGAGACUGCGAUUUGCGAGCGCAAGGCCCUAAAUACAUGCGAGCGUAUAUCUCCCAGUAAUUCGUUGGAGAUAUUUGUACGGCGCAAGCGUCAGUUUUGCGCGCUUUUACCAAUCUACAUGAGUCGAAACCUACGUUUUUAUUCGCUUGACGGUUAUAUCCAUUCUACUCGUCAUUUUCUCUGACUCAUGCGAACGGGGUGAAUGUCUAUGUAUUUGUGAACGGAGUCGUCUUCUCAUUACAGCUUCGUUAUCAUUCUUACAUUUAAUGUUUAUGGUCGAUAAUGACCUUAUUGUGUU